GAUUUUGUACAAACUAAGGUGACAUCAUCAGGGACAUCCCUACGAAGCUAGCUAGCUGGUGUCCAUAAAGCUUAGUCAAGAUUCAGACCAUUGACCGUGUAACGUCUAAAAACUAAAAACAGAUAUGUCUGACUUCACGGAAGACCAGAUCAUGGAGUUCAAAGAGGCUUUCCUUUUGUUUGACCGGACGGGUGAGGGGAAGAUCACCUACAGCCAGUGUGGUGAUGUGAUGCGAGCCCUUGGACAGAACCCUGUUAAUGCUGAGGUGCUUAAAGUCCUGGGAAACCCCAAGUUAGAAGAGAUGAACCACAAGAUGCUGGAUUUUGAGCAGUUCCUGCCCAUGCUUCAGGCCAUUGCCAAGAACAAGGACCAGGGCUCUUUUGAAGAUAUUGUCGAAGGCCUUCGUGUCUUUGACAAGGAGGGAAAUGGCACAGUGAUGGGAGCAGAGCUACGUCAUGUCCUCACUACAUUAGGUGAAAAAAUGACAGAAGAAGAGGUGGAGACUCUUUUAGCAGGACACGAAGAUGCCAAUGGCUGCAUUAACUAUGAAGAACUUGUCCGGAUGGUGAUGAGCGGUUGAGGAUUUCAGAAGCACACGUGCAGCUUUCUUUUCUUUCUUUUUAUAUAUUGUUGGUCUUGUCUUGCCCCUCCAUCCAUGUUAUUCUACCUCCAAUAAGUUUGUAUUGUUACUGAAAACCUUCCUGUUUUCUUCUUCUUUUUUUUGUGCCUUUUCUGUCUUAUUUUAAGUCUUUUAUCUCAUAUUACAAGCAUUGUUCACUCUUGCAGGCACAAUCUAUAGAAAAGCUUUUUCUGCCCCCUUCCCAGUCUUGUCUUUUCUUUUGGAUGGAAAUAAAAAUGUGACAACUUACACUUCAAUUUACUGAAUAAAGUUUACAAGCGUCGUUUA